AUGACACUCUUUCUCUGGAUCCCAGCCUCUUUCGCCCGUUGGAUUCGGUUGAAAAUAUAUCAGUAUGAGGUGACUUUUGCUGUAUAUAUGCUCACCCCAACCGAAAAGUUCAUUUUUAACUCCCUCCUCCUUACCCUGAUCUCAAUGAUCAUCACCGCUAUUUACGUCUACCUCCCCGAUCAUAUCAGAUCCAUCUACGGCCACCUCUAUUAUUAUUGGGCUGGCGAACGUCCCUUCAUAUCCUCCGCCUUGCCAUCAAUCAGCUCGGUAUUCCGCGAGACGGGUACUCAGACGCUAGAGGUCAUGUAUGAGACAGCAAAAAAUAAUGCUGCUGCUGCUGCGACCGAUACGAUCCGCGAAUUAUAA